UGCAUUUUAGGACAUCCUCAUACCUCAGCGUCAGUACUCAGGCAUCAGAUGAAACAGCAUCGCGCUUCAGACUUAAAAGCAUCAGUUCUCAGGAAAACAUGGUCUCGUACAUUAGACAUCGGGCAAUACGGCCUCGGACUAAAAGUCAUCAGGUGAAACGGCAUCAGGUCUCGGACUAAAAGUCCUCAGGUGAAACGGCAUCAGGUCUCGCACAACAAGGCAUCAGAUGAAACGGCAUCAGACAUACAAGCAUCAGGUCUUACUAAAUCAGGUAUCAGACGAAACGGCCUCAGGCAGAAAGGCUUCAGAUGAUUUUCCGCGUAACCCCGCCCCUUAGCGUGACGUCACUUCCGUAAACUUCUAGCCAGCACUUAUUACAGCACACGGAGACUGCUAAAGAUGUAAGGAUGGAUAAGAUAAAAGAAUACGAAGAUUUAAAAAAACAAAUUGAACGUGAUAAACUUACUCAAAAGGGCUUUGAUGCCAGAGUGAAACAUUUGCUGAGUGAAGAGGAGUCGCACAGUGGAAGAGAGACAAAAGAAAAAAACGAGAAGGCAUUUAUGGAUGCAGCACAAAUAUUUACAAAGGCAAAACAAUUCAUCAAACCACAGGUGAAAAAAUGUCAGUUUCCCCUUCGCCAAAAAGAAAAGUCCUUAUUAAAGAUAAAACUGAGUCCCAUGGAGUGGAAACCACGAACAUCCAAAAAACCUGGGAGGUACCAAAAACUAAUUCUUGAGGAGGCCCCACCAAGGAUCUUAGUCACAGGCAACGAGGGUUAUGAUGAACUCAUCAAUAUUGCUCAGGAGGCGUUCUGGACGGCAGAAGAAAGAGAGGGAAGUACAUUUACUCUCUGUCAUACAGAUGGCACGAGGUGGACAAAGGAGCAGUUUAACCAAAAAUAUGGAUCUGUUUUGGAGAUCCCAACCCUUUGGAAGAGGACAUUUUUUAUUGGACGUAGAGAAAUGGGUAUAGUAGAAAAUGUUUUCUCUACCAAGGCAGAUAAUAUUUGUAGUCACAACACAGUAUGUAAGUUCCCAAAAGAUCAUAAUGUCUAA